UUCCUCACCGCUCCCUUCCCUGCCGAGCUCGCCUGCCUGGCUCAACCCGAAUCCCCCGGGGCUCAAGUCAUAAGCUCCUUAUUCCCCCAUUGCGCUUCGUCCUCCUCCCCCGCCUCGGGCUCCUAUGGCAACCGGCCUGCGCGUCCCACUGGCUUGGGUCUUCGGCGUGCGGCUGGCGUUGGCGGCGGCGGAGGCAGAAGCACCGGCGGCAGCGGUUCCGAGCCAUGAGAGAAGCGGCCGGGGAGCCAGUGGAGCCAGGGGCUGGGGACUCGGGGAGCCGGAUCUAUGCGGAGUACAAGGAAGGGGGGCAGCCCUGGAAGAAAUUUGUAUAUGUGGAACCCCCACGGAGAGUGAAGGAAGUGCUUGAAGAAGAGCUUUAUUUCCGGAGAGAUGACUGCAGAAUCAAGCACCCUUCAGAAGUGGCUCUGGAAGGAAUUUGGAGCUUGAAAAGGAAUUUCCCUGUGGGAGGCUUCAAGCCGGCAUCACAGACUCCAAGCAACAUGCUUUCUCAGCCUAAAUACUACUCCAGGCAUGCAGUCGUAAGAAGAUAGCCCAGCUGAAAAGCAGAACCUUCCCUACCAGAUGUCACAAGAACAAAUCCAACAUAGUUGUUAUUUUUGUCUAAAUGAAAAGCACUGUAUUUUAGAACUUGUACAAUAGCUUGUAAAAUAAACUGUUACACUCUGCA